AUGGAAUCAAUUUUACAUGAUCCUAGUGAAUUUCGUCUCGAAAAGCCAGUGAAAGAUGAAACCAAGGACGUGGAAGGAUCCGCCUGGAAAAUAAUUGACGUUGGAGCAGCGGAGGAGGAAAAGGACGAAAAGGAGAAGGAGGGCGUGGAGGAGGAGGAGGAGGAGGAGGAGGAGGAGGAGGAGGAGGAAGAGGAGGAGAAGGAGAGGGAGGAUGCGGAUGGUGGUACAGAAGGGCGGACAGAGUUAGUUGGCGGCGGAGAGGACGAGGAAGAGUCGGCCGGAGGGACGAGAGUGGAUGCGGUUGGAGUAACAUAG